AUGGAGGUCUACAUCGAUGACAUACUGGUAAAAUCCCUGGAAGCAGAAGACCACAUGUCUCACCUGCAGCAAGCCUUCUCAACCCUCAGGAAAUAUAACAUGAAGCUCAACCCGGCUAAAUGCUCAUUUGGGGUCAGUUCUGGCAAGUUCCUCGGGUACAUCGUAACCCACCGGGGCGUCGAGGCCAACCCAGAGCAGAUCAGGGCCAUUCACUCAAUCCAUUUCCCAAAGAACGUCAAGGAGGAGGUACGCCUCCGAGGCGAAAUUAAUGAAGAGGGAGAAUGGAUCCUACAGGUUGAUGGAUCCAGCAACGUCAGAGGAGCUGGAGUAGGGAUAGUGCUUACCUCGGAAAUAAGGAACACAACCUCAGGGGUCGUGAGAUGCAACUUCAAAGCAACCAACAACGAAAGCGAGUAUGAGACCUUAAUCACAGGCCUAACCCUCGCCCAUCAAAUGGGGGCAGAGAACAUCCAGGUUUUCGGCGACUCCCAGCUGAUAAUCAACCAGAAUUCAAAAGUCGACGCCCUGGCUAAUCUAUGGUCCGCCCUUGAAACAAAUAGCCAGAUGAAUAUCCCCUUACUUGUGCUUCAAUGGCCAGCUAACCUGGAGGAACCCCCGUCAGAGGAGGUCUCUACCGUCGAAGAAGGUGAAACCUGGAUGACCCUCUUAAUCCGGUACCUGGAGGCCGACAUCCUCCCAGAAGACCGUAGUGAGGCCAGAAAGACCAAGAAGCAAGCCGCGAGGUAUUGUAUCUCCUAG